GGCUGGCGGCGCGUCAGUUCGCCCCAAGAUGGCCACGUUGGAUCAAUGAAACGCGAGUAAUCGUAGUGAAAACACAAAUUGACAAGUGUGCGGGCGAACAACUGCGGCUUGAUCGCGGUGUAAAUGGACCAUGGGCAAGGACCAGGAGCUGCUCGAGGCAGCAAGGAGCGGCAACGUCACCGUCGUCGAGAAGAUCCUCGGCCAGCGUGCCAAGAGGAGUGGUCCACUGGCAAGUUUACGUCGAGGGCCAGGUGCUAAUGUGCAAGACGCCAGUGGAUAUUCAGCUCUUCACCAUGCAGCCCUGAAUGGGCAUAGAGACGUGGUCAGAUUGCUGCUCCAAUAUGAGGCUUCCACCAAUGUUGUCGACGCUAAAGGUUCCUCGCCGCUUCAUUUGGCAGCUUGGGCUGGGGACGCGGAAAUUGUACGAUUAAUUCUCAAUCAAGGCCCAUCGGUACCAAAAGUGAAUCUUGCGACAAAGGAUAACGAGACUGCAUUGCAUUGUGCCGCGCAGUACGGGCACACGGAAGUGGUGGCACAGCUGUUGCAAUACGGAUGCGACCCUAGUAUCCGCAACAGCCGCGGAGAAUCCGCGCUCGACCUCGCUGCGCAAUAUGGCAGAUUGGAAACUGUGGAGUUACUCGUGCGAACGCAUCCUGAAUUAAUCGAAUCGCUUCGUAAUUCUUCCUCAUCUCUGAUCUUCCCGCAUACACCAUUGCAUUUAGCUUCACGCAAUGGCCACAGAGCGGUCGUGGAGGUCCUCCUUGCCGCUGGAGUUGAUGUCAAUACGAGAACAUCAGCAGGGACCGCGAUGCACGAGGCCGCGCUCUGUGGCAAGAUGGAAGUGGUACGGGCGCUUUUAGAUCGCGGAGUGGAUUUGGGCAUUAGGGAUUCUCGGCAAAACACGGUGCUUGAUCUUCUGGGACAGUUUCCGCCGCAUGUUACUCAAGAUAUCACAGCGGUGAUAAAAAGGCACCGGUCUUCCUCCGGUGUGGAAAGCGACGCCGAUAGCGAGAACUUGCCGCCAAUUCCGGUGCAGGGUGGCGACUCGUUGGGCAGCCCCUACGAAAAUGUUCGUCCGGAGGAUGAUCUCUCCCCCGCGGAAGGAACGUCGCCUACUCAAUGGCAGUUCUAUCAUAAGCCUCGGGACGACGAUCGUCGCGUUUCCGGCACUUCCGUCAUGUCCUUUGAAGACGAGCAGUACGGGGACUCGGUGAACGGAGUACGGAGGGCCCUCCAGCAGACAGAGGACUCCGACCCCAGUUCCGUCUUCGACAGCGUCUUUAUGUCCCUAUCCGACACUCUCAACUCUAUAAAUACUCUCGAAAGUUCCGACCAAACUCCUGAAGAUAUACCACAAAACACUACCAAAAGAACACCAUUACCAUUCGACACUACACGGGGCUCCGACAGCGGACUGUACCAAACUCCACCCGUGCCACGCGGCACAAUGGAGGGUAGCUUCGUAUCAGAGGACCUGUCCUUGACAUUGCCCACGGGAUACGGGGGCAGAGAGUCCGACCAAUUGAGCGUAUCGUCAUCCUCGAGCGUCGGCGGACCGAGCCCACGGGACCGUCGUUGUUUGCCCAACGAUUCCAGCACCGGGAUUUACUUGCCAAUGGCACCCCUGUCCAGCUCGCUACACAGCCCCGCUUCCAACAAUAAAGUCUCGCCGACACCGCCCAAGAAGCCGCCUAGACGAAAUCUCUCGGUAUCCCCGACGCACCUGCAAACGCAGAUGUCUUUAUCAGCCGACAGUUCGGUAGGGCCGAGCAAUUACGAGUACUUGUUCUUGGCGCGCAGCGGUGCGCGAAGUCACAUCGAUCUUGAGCAGCUGCAGAAACGGCGCGAUCAGCUGCGACACGUUACGCGAAGCGUGGACCAGUACGUGGAGAUGAAAUCGCGGCUGGUCGGGGCCGAUGAGAAAGGCCGCGAGUCCGGGGUGGAGCCGGUAGCCAUAACGUCCAUCUACGAGAACCGGCCGGUCAAGAUGCUGAAUCCGCGUAGGAAAUUACGUAGACACGCGUACGAGAACUACGAGCCGGAGAACAGCUCGUGCACCGACAAAUCACCCUGCAGCGACGGCGACGCGGUGAUCCAGGAGCAAACGUUCGUAUCGAGCGCGUUUCUCACCCUGAGGUCUUCCCAGGAGAGUCUCCUCGAUGAGAGGCGUGAGAUAGCGGACGGGCAAUCCGCGUCCGAGAGUCGCGAGGCCACUGACAAACGUCUCAAACGCGUGCAAAUGAUGCUGCCGACCAGCCCUACGCAUUACGUUCAGCCGCCUACCCCCGAUCAUCCGCCGCCGUCCGCCAUGCAAGCGGAAAAGUCCAUCCACGAGCGUAUUCGUCCGCUCAGCCAGGUGUACAAGCGAAGAUCCCGCGACAUGGAAACGGAAACGGACGAAGAUCUGCUGCAAUUUCCCACCGGUGGAUCACUCAACGCGUCAAGCGGUUCGCUGUCCAGCGUAUCGCUGUCCGACAAGAGCAUGUCCACGGACAAUGUCGAGGAAUACUUCGGCGACGUGCCGUUCGCAGGUUUGUUAAAGGGCUCCGUCACGGCUGAACGGCCGCGUACUUUGCGCCGCUUGCGGAACGUCUACGGUCAGACCGCAUGCGGGAUGGGAACCGGCGGCGACGGCGGGGGUGGAGAUCGUCUCGAGGACGGCGAGGUCGCCUUUCGGCUUACCGGUGACCGGGAUCGCGACAGGGACGAGAAGUCUCUCAGCAUAAUGAGCCCGUUCGACGAGCAGGAGGAAUGGGCUAAGAUCUCGGAGAUCAUGGCGUCAUUCGGAACUGGUCUUGUACGAGAGUCGGUGUUUGUCAGCGAGCUCGAGAAAGAAUUCCAAACGAGGCUAGGUUUAAGUUCAGACAGCAGCAGUCCCAUCGUUUCCACAACUGUGGGCCAGUGGCUGUCCAGCUUGGGUUUCGCGGAUUACGAGUCUCUCUUUAUUAACUACGGCUACGACGAUCUCGAGUUCAUAAACGGGGUGUUGGACGAGUCGGAUUUGUGCGACAUGGGGAUCAGCAGUGAUCAGGAACGGGCUGUGAUCAUGGACGCGGUCGGUUUGCUGAACAAACGAGUGGAAAAGCGUAGCGGCGGCGGUCACGGCCAAUCGGUGGAGGAGUGGCUGAAGAGCAUUCACAUGGAAAAUUAUGCGGAGACGUUCAGGAAGCACCUGUACACCGAUAUGGAUCGGGUCAAACGGAUCUGGGAGGUCGAGCUGGCGGCAGUCCUCGAGAUCCAGAAGCCGGCGCAUCGCAAACGCAUCCUUGCAUCCGUGAGUGGUCCGAAUAGUGCACGCGCGCAAACACGAAACGGCACGGGCGCGAACUUGGAAGACUUGAAUAAGGAUCUCAACACCCUGAAGACGAACAUACAGCAGCUGAAGGAGGAGAUACGGGAGAAAUUGCCGGAAGCAACGGCGGAGGGUAACGGAGGCACGUCGAUAACCAGUGGCACGAAUUCGACGGCCACGGGCACAUUAAGGCACCGCAAAAACAGGCCGGCGCCUCAACCACCCCAGCGACCCAGUUCGCAUAAUGGGGCGAUUUCGGCGCCGGAACAGCUCGAGAUCAGGGCUCCGUCCGAGCUGCUCUUCGGGGUGCCCUCCACUCUCAAGACACAAUGGAGGCAUCAGGCAAAGGCUCUGGUCACCGGCUGCGUCACGUACAUCGCUAACUAUCUGGGCUCCACCGUCGUCAAGGAAUUACGCGGCACCGAGUCGACGAAAAAGUCAAUACAGAAGCUGAAGAAGACCUUUCGAGAACCUAGAAUCACCCCUGACAUUAUGCUGGCGAUUUCUUAUCGUGGCGUUCGUUUUCUCAACACGUUAACUAAUGAACCGAUAUGCGAGCACGAGAUACGUAACAUUCACUGCGCCUGCCAAGAUGCUGACGAUCUUACUCACUUCGCGUAUAUCACGAAGGACCACGCCAGUCGCACGCACUUUUGUCACGUAUUUUGCGUGCCAACGAUGGAUCAAGCGACAGAAGUCAUUCUGACUCUGGGUCAGGCUUUCGAGGUAGCUUAUCAAAUGGCAUUGAAGGACAAGCUCGGCGGCCACGCUAUUCGGUCCCAAUCCGCCAAUCAACUAGCAACGCUCGCUGGAUCGUCAAAGUCAACGACGCCCGCCAAAAUGUCCGUGUCUCCCGACUCCACGUCCGAUCCCGCCGGUCGUGACACGGAUCAUACCAUGAUUCUCAAUUCCACGUCGUGCGCGAAUCCCAAGAUGAAAUCGAGAUCGAAGUCCAUACCCAAUCCAAAUCUCCAUACCGUUAAUCCAAAUCCGACUCAGGACAGUAACUCCAACUCCAGUUCGAGCUCGACGACGACCACCGCCGCGAACUGCAAUCCCAGCUCGAAUUCCGCCUCGACCCCCAGCGCGAACUCGAUCACCAGCUCUAACUUGAACAGCACCGCUAAUCAGACCACUAAGCCUUUGGUCACCCACGGCCGUUCUCAUUCCGUCAACGACAUCAAGGUAAACGGUAAUCAAUUGAAGUUAGCACCGGCGCCGGUGGACGACAUCGGUAUCGGAGUGAAGGACAUGAAGCCCGGUUCCAGAGCUCCGAUCGCGCUCUCCGAGGAGCUAUAAGCUGUAUAUAUUGAGUCAAAAUGCAUGAUACAUCGCGAUACAUGAUUGUGUGGCGUUCGAUAUUGAUUGAAACGCGUCGCCUUCACAUCGACACGAAUGACAGAGAUCUUCUAGCGUCAUAGACAUUGACUGUUAUAACGAUUUUCGAUUAUAACGAUGGCAAUAUUUCGUUAUUACUCGCAAAGUUUGCAUAAAGAAUUAAGCGAAGCAUCGUGUAUAUACGCGUCUCUCGCGAUUUUGAGAUUAAUCGCGAUUGCAAAAAAUGCAAACAAUAUUCUCUCGAUUGAUUGAAGGUAUUAAUCGGAAUUAUGCGAUUACCAUAACUAAGUAUAGUUCCUUGACGCGUAAGAAGGAGCGAAUGUCUUUUAUUAUGUCUUUUUGUGCGACUGGAUUUGGUCAUUACGCUAAUAUGGCGUAUGUAUUUUCGAUGGGGCGGCACUCGUGUAUGUACAUUCACCGCCGGAAAGCACAAGCUUUUAUGGAAUUUCGGUAUUAUGGGAUGACGAAUGGUAUAUGUAUGGCCUCGAGAACGACGAAGGUAAGUAACAUCGCCGUUCCUCGCUUACGUUCCGCACCUUCAGAUUGACAUUCGACUGAUUUUACAAUAAUGACGCUGUGAUCUUGAUCUUGAAUGCCAUGCGAGACGCGCAUUGGCCGAGGUGAUUCAUCGAGACAAGUAAGCGAUCGUACACUGCGCGCACUUCCGGCGGACACAAUGAAUCGCGUUAGAUCUUUCUUCCUUAGGACGCGUCGUUAAAGUAAACAGUAUUAUUACGUCAUUAACGAUGUAACGGGAGCGAGCGUGGAUACGCUUACCGCGACAUUAUUUUAGCGAGGCGUAAAAAUCGCUACAAUAAUGUUGGAUGUGUAAUUUUCAAUGUGCAGCUUUAAUCUGUCGCGGAUAGGCUCGGCGGUUUCGAUUUUUCGCCCGAUACACGUGCGUCGGGCGUUUAUUUGUCUCUUGAAAGCAUGCUAUUUUUGUGGCAUAGAACACGUUGACAUUCGCCAUCGGAUCACGGGAAAGGAAGGGACGCGAAAGAAAAGGUGCGACGGCGCUAAUAAGCGCACCAAUGCUCAAUAUCGAUCCCUCGUAAACGUUAACGGCGACCAACGAAUCCGUUCCGUGUUCCCCCCCUCCCGCUGCGCCCGUGCUCUCUUCGUGAUUUUUCAUCCCUCCCCCCGUUCCCAAGUUCCGAUUUCGAGUUGCCACCGUUUCCUCGACAUUUUAUUCUCCAAGACUGAGAGUCCUUAUCUCGCCUCGUUUUAUAUUUCGCGAUUUUAGUGUAAUGUAUAAUAUAGAAAGAAAAAAAAAACUAGAUCGAAAGAGAGAAGAAUUUUAAUAUAUUUACCCGGCGAGAACCUCGCGGACAAGGAUUUGUGCGAACGCAGCAUCGAAUAUCUAUCGAAUUUUAUUUGAUACUCGAAUGCUACCCGUUGAAAAGCAGGAAAUAAGAAAGAAAAACGUGUCGCGAUUCAUCGCAACUCAGAGUAUCCACUAUACAUCAUCUCUAUUUUAAGAAAAAGCAUUGUUAAAUGUCUUUUUCUUUUCCGUCUAUGAUGUAAUUAGAAAUCUAUGAUAUAUAGAAGAGAGAAUCGAAGUUGAUCAGUUCACAUAAGUCCGACAUCAUGGCAUUAUAUAUUGAUAACAGCGUGCGCGUGGAUAACGCGUGGAUAUUGUUCCAUUUUUACUACGAGCGGGCCUAAAGGACCUGAGGUAGCUAUCUUGCAAGACUACCUGUUUAGGUAGUUUAACGAUAUAUAUAUCUAUCUCGUACAAUCGACGACGUAUAGAGGGAAGAAGCUACAGCGAAACGAAACUUUAUGUAGACUUAGACACGUCCUCUCUUCGUAUGUUCUCUCAUCUAAACCAAAGAAGUAUAAAAUAUAAAUAUGCAUAUACAUAAUAUACAUACACACAGACACACACUUAUAUAUGUGCGAGAAAUGUGUUAUGCAAAAAGACAGAAAAUUAAACAGAAUUUAUCGAGCCCUCGCGAGGGAAGAAAAAACUGACAAACUGCCAAAACGAUACACCAUCAUCGCCACCUCAAUAGUACGCACACUUUGUAUUUAUCGCAUUUACAACGUAGUCCAUUAUGCAUUAAUUGAUUAUAAGAUAUCUACGGAACAGCCAUGGACAUCGACGGCGGAAUUUUCCUUCACCGCGAUAAUGUAACUAAGUAUUCUACGCAUUUGAUGUAUUCAUGUUUAGCAGCUAUGUUUAGUGAGUAGUAUCGGUAGGGAGCAUGUUCUAUCGAUGUCGACAGGUACCAUUUAAAAUAUAUCGUGUAGAAAACGAGGAGGUGAGAAGCAGGUACGUAACACGUAGAAGAUAAUUUCGUCACUGAUGUGACCGCACGAGAUGGUGUUUUUUUGUUUCACAGCAGCGAGCAAAUUCCAUCGAUUUGUUCGCCUGCGAAUUCGUGCAACGGAAACGCGCAAGCAAUUGAAAAUAGUGCCAAUGCGUGAGCCCAUCGUGUAUACACUCUCGAUUUGAUCUCGCUGUUUGUCUUUCAGGAAAAUACAUGGCAGGAAGCAGAGAACAAUAACUUCCCUUUUCCAUUUUUGGAUAUAAUACUUAUACACUUAUAUGACUGACAAACGCACAUUUCUGGGUAAUUAUGAGAGGUAAACCACCGGCCAAUAUAAAUAAAAAAUGUAUUAGUAGACUGCUGUUUAAUACUUAAAAAUUACAAAAUUAAUAUAUAGUGUAAGUAUAUACAUUUGGACGGUGAUUUACUCCUCGUAUCGUCCUUUCUUUUAUAUACGCGUAAUUAUAUCUGUCUGGAAGACAAGCUCGCCGAGACAAUGGGAUCAAUCCGAUCGAUAUUGAUCACUUCUGGUAUCACGAUGGGUUUUAAAAGAUGUAAAACGCAAAAUAGCACACAAAGAUUCACGGACCAAGCAAGAACAAGCGAAAACAUUUUGCUCGUUACGGAUUACCGUUGGGAUAUUAAAGGCAGUGCCUCGCCACUGCGCUUUAUCACAAAGGUAUGGAGUUUAAACCUUGGUGCCCGUUGGUACCGCGAUAACAGUAUAAGAUUUAUGCUGUUGGUAUUAUAUACGAUUUUUAGAAUGUGUACAUAUAUACAUUGUAUAUAUAGAAAUUACACGGACCACCGCGAAUCAGUUUCUUCCAUUGAUAUACCAAAGAGAUUGUGGAGUGAUCCCUUUAUCAUUGUGAUUUGUAUAUUUGACGAUUACCGUAGCAUAUCGAUUGUUCUUUAAUAUAAUUCGUUAUUAGGAAUACAAUUUCUUAUGAUUUAUAUAAAGUUAUGU